ACAGUUCUGAACAGCACAAACCUAUGAAAAGUAGUGGUUAUAUUGAGACAGAAAAUAGUAUUUCUGAGAUGAAUGCUGAUAUACUGUCAUCUAAGAAUAAUGAAACUGCUGAUGUUUUGUUUGAGCCUAAUGAUAAUCCUGGAUGUGAUCCUGCUUUAUGGAAAAUAAACGAGUUCACUAUAGAAUAUAUUUGUAUUAACGGAUUUUCUCAAGAUUUAAAUGAUUUAAAUUUUACCAAGUCUAAACGAGCAUAUACAAAACUUUACAAAAAAACGACUAAAACCUACUAUAGGUUUUGCAAUAAAAAUUAUUGGAAUACAAGACUAACUAAUGGUGAUUCAAUUAAACGUAAUUUCAUUGCAUAUUCAGAAAGUAAGGGUGUAAUUUACUGUAUCCCAUGCUUGUUGUUUGGCAACAUACAUUCACCUUCAUUUGCUUCAAAAGGAUUUUCAAACUGGAAAAGAGCUGAAGAGCUCAUAUCACAACAUAAAAAUUCUUUAAAACAUCGUUCAAAUAUUCUAGCAAUGAAAAACCGGGGACAAACACAUCAAAGAAUUGAUCAACAAGUAAUACAACAAAUUGAAAAUGAAAGUAUAUACUGGAUCAACGUUUUAAAAAGAGUUGUGGCAAUUGUUAAAACAUUGGCAUCAAGAGGUCUAGCAUUCAGAGGACAUACUUCAAAAAUUGGAUGUCCACAUAAUGGAAACUUUAUGAUGGCACUUGAGUUAUUAGCUGAAUUUGACCCUUUUAUAUCAAAUCAUAUUUCCAAAAACGGUAACCCCGGUAAAGGUCAUACUUCAUAUUUAUCAUAUUAUAUUUAUGAGCAGUUUAUUUUAUUAAUGUCUAAAAAAGUAGAAAAUACUAUUAUUCAAGAUGUCAAUACUUCACGAUAUUUUUCAAUUAGUGUUGAUUCUACACCAGAUAUUACCCACACUGAUCAACUUUCUUUAGUUGUACGAUUUGUUGAUGAGAGUGGUAAUGUAUUUGAGCGUUUUUUAUGUUUUAUGAAUAAUGUUGGACAUAAAUCAGAAGAUAUGGCUGAAGCAGUGAUAACAAUUCUGAAUAAGUACAAUUUGAAUCUGAACUAUUUAAGAGGGCAGUCAUAUGACAAUGCGAGUAACAUGUCGGGUAGUUAUUCUGGAUUACAAGCUAGAAUAAAACUGNCUCAGCAGCACCGAUUUUUCUUCGGGAUCCGCCGGGAGCAUCUCGAACGCUGGUCCGCAGAUGAUGUCCGGGAGAUCAGCGACACUCGGUUGAUGGCCCAGCCGUGCGCUGAGGUGUACGCGGAACCCCCGGGACCGCUUGCUUCAAUACACGUAUAA